AUGAAGUUUAAUAUUACUCAUUCGAACAAUAUCAAAGAAUCGAUUCGAGAGAAAUUACACUCGAAACAUUACGAUCGAAGCGAUUUACCCACCAAUUCAAAAGACCAAACAUCGUUAUCAAUGGAUCCCAACAAUCAAUAUCCGACUACUACAACAGAUCUGAACAAUUCACCGCCAAAUCUCUCAACAAUACCAAAACAAUCGUCAACCGAAAUCGCAACGAUCGAUCGACAAGGCAAAUACGCUGCACCUAUGAUCGAUCGCGAACGUGUCGAGUCCGAAACUGACAGACGUCGAUUCGACGUGAAACGUUAUGUACCAUCGGCAUUACGUGCUCAAGAUAAAUCGCAACCGCCUGCUGCACUAUUAGAUCCUCGAUUUUAUUCAAUGAAGAAAACAGCUAUGACUAUCUUGUGUUUAUUGAUUAUCGUCAUGAGCAACAGUGUACAAUUGAAGCACGUUCUCUCAAGAAGUACAUCGAGUACAUUCUAUGGCACUCAAGUUACACUUGGCAUUGUCUCUAUCCUCAUGUGUGCUAGCAUCGUCGACGUUACUAUCUUGCCUUCCCGGUUUCUAGGCUUUGUUCAACUGUACUUAUUUCUGUGUACGCGGCUCGAUCAAUUCCCAUUGGUAUCACCAUCGGAAAAUUUAUCACGCUACGAACGAAUUCUUCUCAUCUUACCGGCUGUAUUAGUUCUAGUUUUAUUCAUACUCAAUACUACUUUUCUAAUUAUCAUGUUUAAACUCUAA